UCAGUCUCCGGCAGAGAUCUCAUUCGGCAGACAAGCGCCUGACGGAACGGAUGUGUGUGCAACGCUGCGAUCGGUUCAGAUCAGUGGAUCUUCUUCAGAUCAGUAUCAGUUCAAUUGAGAUCAGUUGGGAUCAGUUGAGUGCUCGGUAUUCGGUGAUCGGUGAUCGGUGCUCGGUGUUCGGUAUAGAUAGAUAAAUGCCUAUUCGCGUGUGUACACUCGAUCGACAAAAAUCACUUCACACUUGGCCGGAAGAAGGUGGCAAUUGAGACAACUCAACGCCUCCGACAAAAGCGAAGCGAGAUUUCUGCAAAGAAACAACAAAAAUAAGGAAACAAAUAAAAGAAGUUCAAGUCAAUCAAUCGAUCGAUCGAACAGUGAUCGAUCACGCCGAAAAUUUUCGCCAGUCAACGCCAGCGGGCCAUAAAACAGAAGCGGAUGAUUUGAAACAAAGAAAAAACAAGACAACAUUUGGUGGAAAAUUGCCUCAAAGUGUUGAAGCGGCUCCGAAAAUAAGGAAAACCCAAAUGAGAAUACAAUUUUUUUUUGAUUGACAACCUCCAGCCUCGAAUCGUAGCUUUUUGCAGUGUACUCCCCCAUGAUUGUGUGUGCGUGUGUGUUCUGUGUGUGUGCGCGGGUUCAAUAAUCAAAUUUGACAACUGCGCGAAAAACGUUUGAGAUCAAAACAACAACUAGCCCUAUCCGAGGCCCGAAGAGCAAAACCAAAUAAAUGGGCCCAGAAUUCAGUGAGACUUACUUUUUUUUAUCGUGAUAGCCAAAAGUUGCCACCAACUGACCACCAGAUAUACAUAGAUACAACAAUACGCAUAUCGAGGGAUUAAUACGGGUUCAAAUGACUCACCUGAUGGGUCCCACGGAGUGCGCCAGCGCCAUGAUGAGCACCUCGAUGCCAUUCCUGGACAACGGCCUGGGCCCCAACCUAACGGAUUACAGCUGCUAUGCGAAUGAUUACUGGACCACGCCCUACAUGACCGGCGGCCUCAGCCCCAUGAAACAGAUCGAAGCCUGCAUUCAGACGGCUGGCAAGGAUCGCAGCUCCUACAAGCCCCUGGAACAGAUCGAUGCCAAAUUGGCCGACAUCGAGACGCACAGCAUGGGCAGCAGUGGCACGGCGGCAGGGUCCAGCAGCAGCAACAGCAACAGCAACAGCAACAGCAGCAGCAGCUCCCUCAGUAACCCCAAUGGCGGCUGCCAGGAGCAGCAGACCUCGCUGCUCCACCAAGAGUAUGCCGGCGGCAGCAGCGAAGCCACAAGCGGAGCAGCACUGGUGUCGGGCCCGGGGGAGACCACACCGGCGGGAGCACCUUCCGCCGCGGGCACAGCAGCCAAGAAAUACAAAAAUCAACACAAAAAAGACAACAACAGUUUGGAAAAUAGUUCUGUAAAAGCCAACAACAAUCACAGCAAUAGCAGCAAUGCCAAAGGGGAAUCAGAGCCAGUGCAUCCAUCGCUGGCCCAGGCCAUCGUUGUGCUGGAGACCAAGGCGCUGUGGGAUCAGUUCCAUGCCCAGGGCACCGAGAUGAUCAUCACGAAGACGGGUCGUCGCAUGUUUCCCACGUUUCAGGUGCGGAUCGGGGGCCUCGAUCCCCAUGCCACCUACAUCUGCAUGAUGGACUUUGUGCCCAUGGACGAUAAGCGCUAUCGCUAUGCCUUCCACAACUCCUGCUGGGUGGUGGCCGGCAAAGCGGAUCCCAUUUCACCGCCUCGCAUCCAUGUCCAUCCCGACUCGCCAGCGGCCGGCUCCAACUGGAUGAAGCAGAUCGUGUCCUUCGACAAGCUGAAGCUGACCAACAACCAGCUGGACGAGAACGGCCAUAUCAUACUGAACUCGAUGCAUCGCUAUCAGCCGCGCUUCCAUCUGGUCUACUUGCCCCCGAAGAACGCCUCCCUGGAUGAGAACGAGCACUCGAGCCACUUUCGCACGUUCAUCUUUCCGGAGACGAGCUUUACGGCCGUGACUGCCUACCAGAAUCAGAGGGUGACACAGCUGAAGAUUUCCAGCAAUCCCUUCGCCAAAGGUUUCCGAGACGAUGGCACCAAUGAUGUAACCAGCGGCAGCACCAUGAGCCACGAGAGCCAGGCUCGCAUGAAGCAGCAACAGCAGCAGCAGCAACAGCAACAGCAACAGCAGCAGCAGCAGCUGCAACAGCAGCAACAGUUGAGUGGCAAGGAACGAACAACCAGCAACAAUUUCAGCCUGAGUUGCACAGAGCUGAGUGUGGAUCCGCAACAACAGCAGCAGCAGCAGCAGCAACAACAGAGUGGCAUGCAACUGCCAGCCACGCCCUCGAGCAGCUCCGCCUCAGGGAACUCCCCGGAUCUGUUAUCCUUCCAAAUGGAGCAACUGCAGCAGCAGCAACAGCAGCAGCAGCAGCAACAUCACUUGCAGCAGCAGCAGCAGCAGCAACAUGCCACGUUGCAUCAUCAGAGCCACAAUCAAUAUGGGAGCUAUCACCAUGCCUACCAGACCCAUCCGCUGACGCCACACUCCACCAGCUCAGCCUCGCCGCCGGCUGUAAUCCCCGCCAGCAGUGCAGCGGCCCCAGGAGGGGCACCAGCAGGAGGAGGAGCAACUGCAGCAGGAGCACCAGGAGCAGAAGCUGGCGCCGGGGCAACUCCCCAGGUGAUGGCGGCGGCGGCGGCUAACAUUUACUCCAGCAUCGGCCAGCCCUAUGCCCAGGAGCAGAGCAACUUUGGGGCAAUCUAUCAUCAUAAUGCUGCCGCUGCUGCUGCCGCCCACUAUCACCAUGGCCACGCCCACAACCAUGCCCAUGGGCAUGGGCAUGGGCAUGGCCAUGGACCCUAUGCCAGUGCGUACGACAAGCUGAAGGUGUCGCGGCAUGCGGCAGCCGCCGCCUAUGGAAUGACGGCCAGCUACCAGACCUUCUACGGAUCGGCGGCCCAUCAUCAGAUGAUGCGACCCAAUAGCUACAUAGAUCUGGUGCCCCGCUAGAUCGCGGAUCGGAGAUUGCAGAUCGCAGAAAAAAGUAUUAGCAGCAGUUGAGAUUAAACCAAAUAAAUGCAAAAAGUAUUACAAGUAUUUCUUUAAUUAUCUAAAAAUUAUUGUUUGUUUUUUUUUUUUUGCCUAGUUCUUAAAUAUUUAAAAGCAACCAAAAAUAUGUGUGUGUGCCAUGUAAGAGAAAACCAGAAAAAAGAAGCGAAAAAAAAAUGCAUAUUUAUAGUCUGUAAAAUGUAAUUUUAUCAUACGAUUAAUGUUUUAAUAUUAAACUGUUUUUUUUUUUGCGCCCAACAUUUGUAGAGUCCUCAAUUCUCGUUCCGAUUAUUCUUACGGCUUCUAUGUACAUACAAGAAAAGCGUAUCCCUCUCUCUCUAUCUCUCUCUCUAAAUAUAAAACUGAAACAGUUUCAGCAGCAACAAAAAUCAUAAAU